AUGAAAACAGAGAUCCUUCAUUCAGUCCAGUGCCCGUUCCCACCACACCACGCUGCUGCAUCACCCGUGCCCUCCCUCCAGAGCGACCCUGGGCAGGGGUGGGAGCGGCCCAUCAGUGGAUGGGCGGGAGGGCAGAGCGGGGCCGGAUCCUGCCUCCGUGGGGUCUGGCUCCUUGAAAAGACAGGUCCCGUUCCUGUCUCAUCUGCCGGUCUUGUCUUCCUGCCUGUGUUCCUGUCCUUUGUUCUCCUCCCUCCCUCCAUUCAGGUUUUUCAUCCCCACUCUGAUCCAGGGCCUCUGUGA